UUUUAAGGGUUUUCGUGUUAAAUAAAUAAUUAUGGAAUUUCUCAAUUUUUAGGUUUGAAUGAAAUAGAUUUUGAAAGUGAGGAAUUUCAGCCUGUAGACUUCAUCCAGGAGAUGACAAAUGCUGAACAACCAAAUGAGACAAGUUUAAAUGCUAUGAUCCUCGAAUUGGAAAUGCCAAAAAAUUCCACCGUGGAGCCCCAGAUGGAGCCGCAGAUGGAGCCCCAGGCGGGACCAUCUAGCAUAAAUUUAGUACCAGAGCCUCAGAUUGCUGAACCACAGGCAACUGGACAUCAUUUUGUUGAGGUUCCUAGGUCAAAUAGAACUGUUGAUCAAUUCAGAUUUCCACUACGACAUUCAUACUUGAAAGCUGAUGGUGUUACGAAGGGAUUCUUAACACAUAAUGACCCUAGGGCCAUGUGUGUUGAUUACGAAUUAGGCUUUAACAGCCCAUGUAUGUCUACACGGUGCUGGUUUUAUAAUAGCCACUUUUGGUCUAUUCAUAAGGACUUAAUGGAAACAAUAAAAGUUCGGUUCGAAGGAGGUAUGGUGAAUAUUAAUGUAAUUCAGGUCCAUCCGCAGUUUAAGAUAUUAUUUCCCUUUACUUAUCAAAACUAUGUGGAUCUCAAAAGAAAUAUCAUUAGAUUUGGGCCAUCCUAUGAUGAAUGUUACUUAUGGUUACCUACGAGAUCACUGGAAACGUCACCAUUGAGGCACCGUUCAAACGUUUAAGUUGAUAUCAAGCAAGUCCGAAGAAAGAGUGAGAAAAAAAAAUUGUAAAAAGUAAUUUUAAUUAACCUGUAAAAAAAAAGAAAAAUAUUAAUUUUUGUACAGUUAUUAGAUAUGUAUGUAUUUAAACUAAUUGUUUUUUUUUUUGUUUUUUAUACGUAUUUUUAUAGAAUAAAUUAUACAAUAAGAAAAA